AUGCAUCAUCGUCGCAAUUCCUAUUCCCAUUUCCUCAGGGCCCUUCUCUCCCUCAUCCCGCUGACCCUGUUGGCGGUUUCCUUCGCCUACGCCAUCAAAGCAACCCUCAGCAACGCAUGGGUCUGGCGCGAAAACAUCACUCACGACUUUCCGGCUCAAGAUCAUGGACCGCUGCACCGGUCCCCCUUCGCCCACUGCAGCGACUACCUGAACAGGACCACCAAUGUCUGGCAUGAGGAGUGUGACCGGUUCACCGCUCCAGGCAGAUCCUGCGAUGCUGACAAUGGGGACUCGGAUGCGUUUUGUCAACAGCUGAAUCUGACAGCUAGACUGCUCAUCGUGGGAUGUACAUUUGCCGGAGUGGCGAUGGUGGUGUCGCUGGGGAUGAGUAUUUUCUCUGCUGUGGAUUGCUAUUCAUUAUUGCCAGAGGAGAAAGAGAGGACCGAAAACACGACCACGAGUGAUUUGGACAACACCAACGCCGAGGCACAGCCGGACUCCAUGGUACACCGAAGAAACCUUUGGCAUGUCAGAUCGUCUAUCCGCCUAGACAGAAUCCUACAUAUCGGCGUCCGUCUGUUCGGUCUUAUCGCGGCGUUUGCCCUCUUUCUUGCCGCAAUGAUCGGAGGCAAUGUUCUCGUCAACGUCAAUCCGCCGAAUGGAGAUUUCGCCAGCGGCAGCGGCACAACCGCACUGGUUGCAGGAUGGAGAUUCGAUGUGGGCUACAAGUGGGUGAGCGUGUCGUGGGUGGUGGCUUUGUCGGGGGUUGUCGCGAUGGAUCUCUUAGUGAGAAAGUAG